AUGGCAACCCGAGUGUUUGUGGGUGGUCUUACUUAUAAAAUUCGUGAGCGUGAUUUAGAAAAGUUCUUCAGAAAGUAUGGAAGAAUCAAGGAGGUUUCCAUGAAAAAUGGUUACGCGUUUGUGGAAUUCGACGAUCACAGAGACGCCGACGACGCUUGCUAUGAGCUAAACGGUAAGGAGUUAAUGGGGGAAAGAAUUACUGUAGAAAGAGCCCGUGGUACGCCCCGCGGAAGUGAUCAGUGGCGGGGAAGCGGUCGAGAUAGAGGUUAUGGCGGUCCACGCGGUAGAAACGAUAAUUCUAGAGCUCGUGACAAGUAUGGCCCCCCGACUCGUACAGAAUACAGAGUUAUUGUUGAAAACUUGUCUAGUCGUUGUAGCUGGCAAGAUUUGAAGGAUUACAUGCGUAAAGCCGGUGAGGUAACAUUUGCUGAUGCUCAUAAACUAGUUCCAAAUGAGGGAGUCGUCGAAUUUGUUUCAUACAGCGAUAUGAAAAAUGCUAUUGAAAAGCUGGAUGAUACUGAGAUUAAUGGCCGCAGAAUUAGAGUUUUCGAAGAUAGAAGAGGUGGACGAAGAAACAACAGAUCUGUAAGCCGCAGCCGAUCACGGUCAAGACGUCGCUCCAAGUCAAGAAGUGCCAGCCGUAAUAAGAGCCAUUCUAAGUCAAGAUCUAGAUCACAUUCCAAAGAUAAUAAGAGGAGGUCAAAUUCUAGAUCUGAAGACAGAAUUUAA